AUGUCCCAGUCGCGUGAAGACUCCGUUUACCUCGCCAAGCUCGCUGAGCAGGCUGAGAGGUAUGAGGAGAUGGUUGAGAACAUGAAGCGCGUCGCUUCGUCAGACCAGGAGCUCACUGUUGAGGAGCGCAACCUCCUAUCGGUGGCAUACAAGAACGUCAUCGGUGCCCGCCGUGCUUCGUGGAGAAUUGUCUCCUCAAUCGAGCAGAAGGAGGAGUCGAAGGGCAACGAAGCCCAGGUCCAGAUGAUUAAGGGUUACAGGGAGAAGAUUGAGUCCGAGCUGGCCAAGAUUUGCGAGGACAUCUUGGACGUCCUCGACAAGCACCUGAUCCCUUCUGCUGCCUCUGGCGAGUCGAAGGUCUUCUACCACAAGAUGAAGGGUGACUACCACCGCUACCUCGCGGAGUUCGCCACUGGCGACCGCCGGAAGGAGAGCGCCGACAAGUCGCUCGAGGCCUACAAGGCUGCUUCUGACGUGGCCGUCACAGAGCUUCCCCCCACACAUCCCAUCCGUCUUGGUCUUGCCCUCAACUUCUCGGUAUUCUACUACGAGAUCCUGAACAGCCCCGACCGUGCCUGCCAUCUCGCGAAGCAGGCAUUUGACGAUGCCAUUGCUGAGCUCGACACGCUCUCAGAAGAGAGCUACAAGGACUCCACCCUUAUCAUGCAAUUGCUCCGUGACAACUUGACCCUCUGGACUUCAGAUAUGCAGGACAGCGACAAGCCCGCUGACAAGGAGGAGGCUGCUGAGGCCCCCGCUGAGGAGGCCGCCUAAACGCUUCCCCCUUUGGUUUUCUGUUUGUCGGAGGCGCUCGUGUUAGAGCGUUGUUGGGCUUCAUGUGGCUUAUUAUUGCUCUCGCAUUCCCUUCCUCCCCCCGCAUCGCAUUGUCCAUACCGUAUCAUCAUGACCCCUCAUCGUCGGCAGUUUAUUUCUCUUAUUGAAUCCUCAUCUCAUUAUUACGCUUUCCUUCUUGUCCCUUAAUGACCAAGAAUCUGCAUCAUACGCUCUGGUUGUUAAAACAUUUUGGAACGGUGUGAUUGUCUUGAGAUAUAGAUGCGCGAUGACGAGAAACUUGGAUAUCACCGGCGAGAAUAUUUAGGGGCUACCAUGCGUG